CCUGACGGAAGGCGUUUUAGGGGACCGGCUUUCUCUUUAUUGGUCAGCCAAAGAUAUUGUAUCAUCAUUUUUUGAGUGGAACCAUGCCUGUCCGGAGGGGUCAUGUUGCGCCACAAAACACAUAUUUGGGAGUAAUUAUUCGUAAAUUCGAAGGGCAAAACAAGAAAUUCAUCAUAGCCAAUGCCCGGGUGCAGAACUGCGCUAUUAUCUACUGUAAUGAUGGCUUCUGUGAGAUGACGGGCUUCUCCAGGCCAGACGUCAUGCAGAAGCCGUGCACUUGCGACUUCCUGCAUGGCCAGUUGACCAGCCGGCACGCAGUGGCCCAGGUGGCCCAGGCACUGCUAGGCUCAGAGGAGCGCAAGGUGGAGAUCACUUAUCACCGCAAGGAUGGUUCAAACUUCCUCUGUGCCACCCAUAUCAUCCCAGUGAAGAAUGAGGAGGGUGUGGUCAUGAUGUUCAUCCUUAACUUUGAUUAUAUCCUGGGCGAAGGCAGCAGUGACUCGUUGGAGAGACUGAACCACACUUCACCUUCCAAAGCAAACCAAUGUAAAGGGAGGUUCUUUCACUUUCGUUUCCCAGCCUUAUCUCUCCUUGGUAUCAGUAAGCAGUCCCUGCCCCAGGAAGACCCUGACGCUGUCAUGGUGGACUCCCCUCACCACAGUGACGGCUCAGUGGCCACACGUGACUACCAACUCCCCACCACCCGCGAGAGCUGCAGUCCCUCCUACGCUAAUGACACCCGCGCCCUCAUUGGCCCCAGCCACAGCUCCACACCUGUUUCUGGGCCUUUGGACCACUCGUCACCUAAGGGCCCCUGGGACAGGACGCUCCCAGACCAGGCCAUUGCCCAGACCCAACACCAGAGUCAGGAGGACACACCUACUGCUGCACCAUCAAUCCCGGGCCUCACUCCAACUGCCUCCAGAGAGAGAAUGUGCAGCAUUCGCAGAGCCUCUUCCGUACAUGACAUGGAAGGCUUUGGGUCCAACUCUAAGGUGGCAUUCAGGGACAGACAUGCCAGUGAAGACAAUGGUCGCCAUAUCAAAGGGCCACUCAGCCAGAUCAAAUCCAGUCUGCUCGGCUCCACCUCCGACUCCAACCUCAACAAGUACAGCACAAUCAACAAAAUCCCCCUCAUCACGCUCAACUUCUCUGAGGCCACCAACGAAAAGAAGUGCCCCUCGCCUCCGUCCUCAGAGAAAACCAUCAUCGCCCCGAAAGUCAAGGACCGCACACACAACGUCACAGACAAGGUUACACAGGUCCUUUCUCUGGGUGCAGACGUACUACCUGAGUACAAGCUCCAGACACCACGUAUUGACAAGUGGACCAUCCUUCACUACAGCCCCUUCAAAGCAGUGUGGGACUGGCUGAUCCUGCUGUUGGUCAUCUACACAGCCAUUUUCACCCCCUACUCUGCUGCCUUCCUCCUCAAUGACAACGAGGAGCAGAAGAGGCGGGAGUGCGGCUACUCCUGCUCACCGUUAAAUGUCGUGGACCUGAUAGUGGACAUCAUGUUUAUUGUGGACAUCGUAAUAAACUUCAGAACCACUUAUGUCAACACCAAUGAAGAAGUGGUCAGCCACCCUGCCAAGAUUGCCAUCCACUACUUUAAAGGCUGGUUUCUCAUAGACAUGGUGGCUGCCAUCCCAUUUGACCUGCUCAUCUUUGGCUCAGGAUCUGAUGAGACCACCACUCUGAUUGGUUUGCUAAAGACGGCUCGUCUCUUACGGCUGGUGCGUGUUGCGCGUAAGCUGGAUCGCUACUCAGAGUAUGGAGCUGCCGUCCUCAUGCUGCUCAUGUGCAUCUUUGCCCUUAUCGCGCACUGGUUGGCCUGCAUCUGGUAUGCCAUUGGUAACGUGGAGAAGCCUUACCUGAAGCAUAAGAUUGGCUGGCUGGACAACCUGGGAGUGUCAAUAGGAAAAAAAUACAAUGACAGUGACCCCAGCUCGGGCCCCUCCAUCAAAGAUAAGUACGUCACAGCACUCUACUUCACCUUCAGCAGUCUGACCAGCGUGGGCUUUGGGAAUGUCUCCCCCAACACCAACUCUGAGAAGAUCUUUUCCAUUUGCGUUAUGCUCAUUGGAUCUCUAAUGUAUGCCAGCAUCUUUGGGAACGUGUCUGCCAUCAUCCAGAGGUUGUAUUCAGGCACAGCCAGGUAUCACCUCCAGAUGCUACGGGUCAAAGAAUUCAUCCGUUUCCAUCAGAUCCCAAACCCACUAAGGCAGAGGCUGGAGGAGUACUUCCAGCACGCCUGGACGUAUACCAACGGCAUCGAUAUGAACAUGGUCCUGAAGGGAUUUCCAGAGUGUCUGCAGGCGGAUAUCUGCCUCCAUCUCAAUAAGAGCCUCCUCCAUGGCUGCAAGGCAUUUCAUGGAGCCACCAAGGGCUGCCUCCGGGCUUUGGCUAUGAGGUUCAAGACCACCCAUGCCCCUCCUGGUGACACCCUGGUGCACUGUGGAGACGUGCUCACCGCAGUCUACUUUGUCUCCCGUGGUUCCAUUGAAAUCCUCAAAGAGGAUGUGGUAGUGGCCAUCCUCGGUAAAAAUGACAUCUUUGGUGAGAUGAUCCAUCUCUACACCAAGCCAGGGAAAUCCUGCGCUGACGUGCGAGCGCUGAGCUACUGUGACCUCCACACCAUUCAGCGGGAGGAGAUUCUGGAGGUUCUCGAUAUGUAUCCGGAGUUUGCUGACCACUUCCUUACAAACUUGGAGCUGACUUUUGACCUCCGUGAUGAAAAUGAUAAGACGCCUUAUCCACAAGUGACCAAUUCUAACAUGGAUGGCAUCAAGUGUCGUAGACGAGUGUCCUACAGAAGGAAAUCCUCCACAGGCCCCCACAAUAAGGACCCAGUGGCCAUCUACUGCAACACCAAGCAGGGGAGGCAGAUCUACGCCUCCUCAGCAGCUGAGGAGAAGAAAGAGUCCACUGAGGAGGGGGAGGAGGAGGAGGAGGAGGAAGAAGAGGAGCAAAGGCCCCUGUGUUCUGGUGUGCUGGGUUAUCCUGUGGUUAGGGACCACACCCUGGGCCUUGGGCUGAGCAGCGCUCCAGAUGCACAGCCUAGAGACAACACACAGGAACAGGCGUGUAAAGAAAUAUAUGCUGAGGAGUGGGCGCGUUGUCCUGGCAAGGCCACGCAGGAGCCUUUGCAGUGUCAGGAAACGCCGGCUGAAGAGGAGGACAGCGACACGGAUCUCACCUACGGAGAGGUGGAGCAGCGGCUGGACCUGUUGCAGCAGCACCUCAACAGACUGGAGUCCCAGUUGACCGCAGACAUCCAGGCCAUCCUGCAGCUCCUCCAGAGGCAGACUGCAGCCGGGCCGCCUGCCUACAGCAUUGUCACCUCCAGCCUCAAGUACCAGAGGCCGGCCAUCAGGGUGCAGCCAAUGUCUGCCAUCCAGACAGAUGUGAACCUCAGUCUGUCUCUGCCUCGGCCACAGUGCCCUGGCCCAGACAAGGCCCAGAACAAAUCCAAAGAAACCUCCCCAGUCCUCCUUCACACAGAGACUCUUCCAGAUGGGAAAUUUGCUGGACUGUUCAAGAGUGACACAGACAUGAAGCAGAGACACACACAAAAUGACAAGGACUCUCCAGAGCGACGCCAACGGUCAGCGAGGCUCCCGUCGGGCCGACAAGCAUCGUUACCCGAUGUCCCCAGCAGCUCAGAAACGUUGGGACUCCACAGGCCAGUUUCUGACCCAGGGCUUCCAGGAAAGUAGGUCCCCCACCCUCAACACUGACUGAAGGUCUUCUCUUAAGUUUGACUCAGGGUCUAAGAAAGAGACUGAAUAUGCAAAGGAAGCAAACUUUCUUCCAUUCCUUUUCAGAAAAGCCCCAACCCUUCGUACUCUGAUUUAGACAUGUAAAGUCAAUUUAUACAGAGGCAUUUAUACACUCCAUCACUAAGAUAUGUAAAGUCACCAUCUACUGUGUACAUACUUCCAAUAGAACACUGCCAGCAACAGAGGCACCCAAUGUGUUUUUUCUAAAACAGAUAUAUGCAUGUUUUUCAUUCUCAUAUUUUCUCUUCUGUUGCAUGUUCCUCACAGAAACUCACCAGGCAAUCAGGUGUGAUCUUGGCAUGCUUACAGACCACUGUAGCUAUCAAGUCUCACUUCCUGUGACUCGUCCCUCUGCACAAAGCUACUUGAAAUAUUUCUAUUUUUCAGCUUUGAAGUUGAUCUUUUUUCAGCAGCUCCAAACAAAUUGACAGUUCCAAAAUUGCAAAGAGGUCUGUCUGUGUGUUUAGCAUGCCUACUGUUUUACACCACAUUGCCACAAGGCAUGAAAAUGAUCUCUUAUUCAGCUCAAAACACAGAACAGUGUAAUCAUAAAAAUGAGCGUGUAGGUUGUGUGGCCAUCCCAUCGCACAACAAGACUUUUGUCCGUCUUUGAGAGCGAUAAUGAUGAAUCAGUCCAUACACUCGAGUUAUGGUGUGUCUCUAGAGUUUACUGCACUCUGGAAAAAACAUUUUCUACAACCAGAAUGAAGAAAACGAGCAUCUCUGAACUGCACUCGUGUUGUGAGUUAAUUUGCUUGCAAAUAUCAAAGUUAAUAAGUAUGUGAAUUUAACAACUCUCACAAGAAAAACAUUUCAGUGGUGAACUGUAGAUGUUCGAGACACACAAUGAAAGUUUACAGUAGAUGUAAAAAAUAUGAGACCUGCAUCAUAUCAGCGCAGGUGAUAUGACCCCAUACGGCUGCGGUCACAGCUUAUAAGGGAUGUUUAUGGCAUGACUGGUUGAGGAUUUUAAUGAUUUCUACAAUUGUUGUUUUUCAGUUAAUACGGUAUUUUUGUGCAUUUAAAAAUGUGUCUGAAAACAACAAAAUGUAAUCAGUCAAAAACAUACAUAACCACUUCCUUUUUCUUGCCACUUGCCAUUCAUUACAUUGUUGAGCCUUCAAGUAAUGAAGAUACUUCUGAUCGUCCAAGUCUAAUUGCCAAAACUUUCCUCUCUUGCUAUCUCAUUAUAUAUCAUCACAGAACUGUACACUUUUGUCAUAUAUUGUUAUAUAGAGUAUGUGCAACUGGUCCUCACUGAAACUACUGUAUAUAUUUUUGACCAAUCAUGUCAUUAUAUUUUCAGAAGGUCUACAAAAACAAAUUUCAUUUUGGUCAUAAAAAAAAGUUGUAGAAAUUAUUAACGUCCUCAGUCAGCCUUGACAAAAAGGUCCUUUACAAAGACUGCUUUCAGACCAAACAUUUCUAGGGACCUAUUUCUAGGAAGAACCCCACUGGGGAGCUCUCCCAAGAACUACAUACUUUCACAGGCUUUUUUCUGUUUGUAUUCGCACCCCCAGUAGGAACACUGAAGUAACGUAAGGUGGCUGACUGUUAGCAAUUAGCCAACAAGCUCACGCUAUGUUACAUUACCAGUACAGUAAGUAACUUUAAGUAUAGAAGGAGUCACUAACCCUCUGCAGAGACUUCUGUUGGCAGAUUGCAGCUCUCCAUGCAGCUGGUGAUGGCUGUUGCUCACAAUUGUUUACACAGCUACCACAGUUUUUUUUUUAAAAAGGGCAGUUAGCAGUGCUGUAGUCAACAUACAGCGCACAUACAGUAUAUCACUAAUAGUUCCUAUUGUGCUUGGAGAAUCGCUGCCCUGAAGUAGGAGCUGAAACAGUCCCUCAAAACAGCAUUCUAAGAACUAUUAUUGUUCUCUGUUCCUGCGGUGCAGACACACAAAAAAGGCCGAAACUUCGUCCAACAGUUCUAAGAACUAUGAAAAAGUUGCUGAGGAAACUUUUCCUGAGCUAGAGGAAACUGACUGAAAUGAUACUUUUGGGUUGCAUGCUUUAGGUCUUCCAUUAUUUUUUUUGAAAAGUACACUUUCCUAAAUAACAAAUCAUCACUAACAAAGCAUCAGCAGAAAAAAAUUAAAUAAAAAACUAGUUUGAGCUGAGGGCACAGCUCAGCCUUCAGUAGCCUUAGCUUUAUUAGCCCGCUCUAACCUUUACAAACAUCAAUCCAAUGCAAAGAACCCCCGCUUCUCCACAUCACACAUGUAAAUGUACUGAACCUUUUUAGGAUGAACUGCAUGACGACAAUAAAUUUGUCAUUUUAGUUUUCUAUCAACACAAAUUCCACCAAGCUCAUGUAAUGCAUGGAGAAUGCACUUGACUAAAUUAUAAAAGGUCUCAAUCAGCUGUGUGUGACGUAUUGAUGCGUAAGAUAUACCACAUAACUCUUCUACAGAGACUCAAAAAUAAAGGUUAGACCUAUUUUUCUAAAGCAGAGUAUUUAGUUUGCCAUUAUUUUUUUAUGUACAUAAUUUGUUUUUGUUUUUUUGUUUAACCCCUGAUGUUAGAAUGGUGGUGAGUGCUGAUGGGAUGAAUGCAAUGCAGAGUCUCUCAAUGUAGCAAGCUGGGUGUUGCACUGACUGUAUGGUAUUUGAAUCAUUUCUGCAUUGAUUUUUCUCCCUGAACAGCAUGUUAGAACCCAACUCAAAGACAACAAGCCUGGCCUUCAUUGUGUCCCCUGACUCUGUCACUGGAGGCCUUCUCACUCCAAAUCCCUGGUAAUGAAAGGCUUUGUAACAUGUAAAUGAACUGAUGCAAUGUUACUGGAUGCCAAGAUAAAAAUGCUUUGUUUCCAACUCUUCUGAAAGAAGUGAGGAGUGUGAGAUCAUGGAGAAAUACCAAGCUCAAAGAGAAACCUUUACUCUACAGGACAAUACGGAUGUUUUCAUUAGAACGUGGGUAUGUUUUCUUUCUUGAGCACAGUUGUAGAACAAAAGUUGCUGAAGUCUAACUUGGCACUUCUGGUGAGAGCUGAAGAGUCAGCUACUCAACUUUCAUGGGAUUUGCUAACUUUUGCACAGAGAUUUGAAAACUUGCUGUACUGGAUAUAAAUGUCACUUUUUUAAAUCUAGUGCUGUUCACAAUUGUUUUUAUGCAUUUUUUUAAUGUUUGCCACUGUAUUUUAUACAAUGCAACACUUAAAAGCUACUUUGAAUGUUUAUGUUCUUAAUUAUUUAAGGAAAUAUAUUGUGUAAAU